AUGACUAAAGAUAUCUCAGUGAAAAAAGAGUUAAAAUAUGUACUUAACAUUUCGUUACAUGAUGACGACAACGACAAUAGACCAUCCGAAUGGGUUCAGGUGAGAAGCCCCAUCAGUUUCUUCAACUGUGCAAAUAAGACAAGCAAAAAAUCAGCAAUUUUAACAGGAACCCCAUUUUCCUAUUCAUCUUCCAAUGAAUUCAUCGCAGUAAGUUGUGGUGCUUUUGCCAAGUACGAAACAAGGACAGGUAACAGGGUCGUCCAGGAUGGGUGCAGUAGCAGCAACUCCACAUGCUCGUCAUCAUCAUCAUCAUCCAAUAGUAUUGAUUUUAGUAAUUGCGACGAUGGCGUUAAAUGUUGUCGUACUUCUUUCUCUAUGGGUAGUGGUGGCAGCUACAAAAUCUCCAUGGAUAAUGAUUCUAGUACGACUCUUGCAACAAAUCGUGAUAAUGAAUAUUGCAAAUAUGCAUUCCUGAUUGAUCCUUAUGAAAUUGAUAAAUACAAAACAUCCCAUGAUCCUUAUUAUGUUCCCGCCCUCCUAAGUUGGUCCCUUAAUGUUACGUAUUUUGACAUAUUUAAAACACAUGUUUUGCCAACCACAUCUAGAUCUAGUAGCUUCGACUGCGAAGGCUAUGAUGUUAUUACUUUAAAUUCCUCUCUAAAUUGGAUAUACCGCUGUCGCUGUAGUAAUGGAUUUCGAGGGAGUGCAUACAUUCAGGACGGGUGUCAAGGUAAUCCUCAAUCCACCACUAAUAUUAUAUAUGUUCUUGGAUGUUUUUGUUAG